AUGGCACCCGUGCGACAGGCGCAGCGCCGCAACCCGUCGUCGCAAGGCGAUCAUGUCUACGCCCUAGGGAAGGUUGGAAGGAGAACUGGUGUGACCCUGGAGGAUACUGGCGUGCGCGACGAGUAUGGCAUGGGCCCAGCCGACGGCUUGUUUUCUUCGCCAGAAAAGGAAACCAAUGGAUGGAAUCAGACGGCGUCCGACGACGAGCAGGACAUGGAUAUUGACGAAAGUUCUCAAGUAAUGGGCCCCCAGACUAUAGCCAAGCUACGACGAGAACGGCUUUCUAUCCCACGCGCGCGCUCACCAAUGAAGACGAACCUCAAUUCGCCGGCUAUACAUAACCUACGUCUCGCGCCCUCGUCUUCGCCAACCCGAGGCUCUAUCGUCCAUGAACCCGAAGCUCAUCGAGCCACGUCGGUUAAGCGCCGCCUCGACUUCUCUGCGGAUCAGCAGAUGAAGCCUCCUAUGAAUGGAUAUUCGAAAACUGUCGGCUCCAAAUCUCAAAAUGGCAGGGUGGUCAAUGGACAUGACGAGGAGGACUCGGACGACGAUGAGGUUCUACAAGGGCGUAGCGCAAACCCACCAGAGGUGGAGGAAGAAGAUGAGGAGGAGGAGGAGGAAGAGGAAUCUAUGCAAGUUCUGGAUCCAGGCGGCGACGAUGAGGAUGUCGAGCCUCCCGUGCAAGAUGACGAGCCAUCUGUGGAAAUGGAAGCCGAAGAGUCAGAAGCGGAGGAGGAGGAAGAGGAGGAAGUCAAGCAGCCCAGAAAGAGGAGUCGCAAGCCCAAAGCAAAGGAGGUGGAAAUCUCAGCUGUCGAGAGAGCUACGCCAGAACCCGAUGAGGUUGAGGACGAAGAGCCGGUGACAAAAAAGCGAGGCCGAUCGGCAAAGAAUGCAUCAAAGGAGGUACCGGAACCUACCUCCGAAUCUUCGAAACAUCGACCAUCUCGAAGGAGUUCGUUGAGUGAAGAUAACGAUGUAUCUGAGGAAAGGGAGGCAAAACGACCGCGUACCGAAAAAAAACCCAAAGCGAGCAAGGUCGCGGCAUCGAAAGCACCAGCUACGAAGGGCAAACCAGGGCGCAAGCGUAAAUCAUCUGCUAUUGGAGUCGACUCCCCACAAGUCCAACGUGGUCCUCCGCCACCGAGGGCGCGAGGGCUCGUCUCUUUGAAAGCAGAUCGAGCUGCUACGAAAACAACACGUUCUGGAAGAGUUUCAUUCCAACCUUUGCAGUUCUGGAAGGGCGAGCGUGUCGAGUACGACACCGAAAACGAGGAGACUAUCGAAGACAAGGGCCGUUGCCGUCAUAUCAAGAUUGGCGCUAGUAUCAAGGAGAUUCGCCGUAUUGAGGAGGAAGAGGCGUCCAAUAAACCCAAGAAACGCCGAGGCAAACCAGCUAGCGGCCGGUCGCGACGACGUGUUUCUGAAGCGGACGAGGAUGACGAAGAUCGAGAGGACUGGGAGAUUGACCCUGGACAGGUAGCAGGCGAAGUCAUAUACUGGCGUCGGGAACAUGAACUCAACCCGCCACAAGAAGAGGAUCAAGUCGAGGUUGAGGAUCAAGAGCUCGCCAUUUCGCAUAACGCGGUCCAGAUGAAGGACAUCAAGGACGCAACUUUCCGAUUUGCCAAGACUUUGACCAUGCCCUUUUUUGGGACUGGUAUCGUCGACUUGCCGCCUCACUCGGAGAAACGGCCAAAGAAUGCUCGGAAGAUGCAGAUGGUCUUCUUCGUGCAUUAUGGCAGUGUUGUGGUUACCAUCGCCCAAACUGUAUUUCGAAUUACGAAAGGAGGUCAUUGGUUCGUGCCAAGAGGAAAUCACUACAGCAUUGAGAACGAUCGAGACCGACCAGCAAGAAUCUUCUUCGCCCAGGGGUGCGAGCUACUGGUGCCCGCAGAGAGUCAGGAGAUGUAG